AUGAAGCUCCCCAUCCUCGUCCUCGCUGUCCUCGUCGCCCUCGCCGCAGCCAACGACAAGGACAAGAAAUUCGUAGUCCGCAACUGCCACGACUGCAAGAAGUACUACGAGAAAUGCCACUUUAACUGCUACUACGGCGGCUCGACGUGCGAUGGUACUUGCCGCACCGACACGUGUCGCCAGAGCAGCUUGUGCAAGGAGCACUGCGGGUACGGCCUUUGCUAA